CACAUUCACAUCAUCAUCAUCAUCUUCGUCGUCGUCGACCCUGGCCUGACCCUCCCUUCAAUCCAACUCCAACUCCAACUCCAGCUCCACCUCCACACAAAUCCUAUCCACCAUUACCCACCCAACGCACCACCACAUCAAAGAAACCCUCCCUAAUCACAGAUCCACUUGGAUUCCUUUUCUUAUUUUUUUGUCCCCAGCGCAACCCAGAUUAGAAUACCCGUUCCAUUCCGCCCCGCCCCGCUGUGGAUUUGGACCACGCGGCCGCAUGCAGCACCCAAAUCCCGUCCCCUCCCCGUCCCAGCAAUCUCCAAUGGAGAGCCACCAGAGCAGAAAUCAAUCCUGAAUUAGCGUCCCGCCACCAAGAACUCCACUACCAGGAUCCAAUCAUCCCAGGCAUUUGGCCCACCCCACCACCACCACCACCACCACCACCACCCAGGAACAAGGAAGGAAAUCCCAAACCUCCUGGCCAAAUCGGCCCUACGCCGCACCAGAUUACUGGCUGCACCGUAAUAAUUCCCCGAGAAGAAGAAGGGGAGCUCGGGCGGAAAAGGGGCGGAAGCAAUGACGGAGGUGGCGCUGUUCCGGGGCCCGACCAACCUCGCUUCGCCCGCAAGCCGCGGCUCCUCCUCCUCCUCCUCCUCCUCCACCUCCCUGCGCUAUUUAGCCGAUAGCGACGUGCUCCAGAGAGGCACCACCAGCAGCGCCCAGAGCCCUGCAGGAUCCGCGGAGCGACAGGCCGGAGGAUCGGAGGAGGAAGAGGAGGAGGAGGAGCGCUGGUCCUUCUUGGCGCUGCUUCUCGAGCUGCUGCGGAAGUCGCUGCUCCGGUGCAGAGCGGAGGACGGCGGCCAAGGCCAGGGCGGGAUGGAGAUAGGGUUGCCCACGGAUGUGCAGCACGUGGCGCACGUCACGUUCGACCGGUUCCAUGGAUUCCUCGGGCUCCCCGUCGAGUUCGAGCCCGAGGUGCCCCGCCGCGCUCCCAGUGCCAGUGCUAGUGUCUUCGGCGUUUCAACACAAUCGAUGCAGUGUUCAUAUGAUUCCAGAGGAAACAGUGUUCCAACGAUUCUCUUGAUGAUGCAAAGACGUCUGUAUGAACAAGGAGGUCUUCAGGCAGAAGGUAUUUUUCGUAUAAAUGCGGAGAAUAGCCAGGAAGAGUUUGUGAGAGAUCACUUAAAUAGUGGAACUGUGCCGGAUGGCAUUGAUGUUCACUGUUUGGCGGGUCUAAUCAAAGCCUGGUUUAGGGAACUGCCGAGUGGGGUGCUGGAUUCUAUCCCACCUGAACAGGUGAUGCAAUGCCAAUCUGAAGAGGACUGUGCUCGGGUUGCCAAAUGCCUUCCACCAACUGAAGCAGCCUUACUUGACUGGGCUGUUAAUUUGAUGGCUGAUGUUGUCCAAGAAGAACAGAUAAACAAGAUGAGCGAUCGCAAUGUUGCUAUGGUGUUCGCACCAAAUAUGACCCAGAUGGCAGACCCUUUGACUGCACUGAUGUACGCGGUGCAAGUGAUGAAUUUCCUCAAGAUGCUAAUACAGAAGACCCUCAAGGAUAGAGAAGAGUCCAAUCUGGAAGAUGCCUCUUUGCCACAGAAGGACCCAUCUGAUGAAAAUGGCCAUCAGAACCCCAGUCUCCCCGUUAAUCCUCAACCUGAAGAAACAUCUGGGCGCCCCUCUUUUGUCAGCGAGGAGCCUAUUGUGUACAGUCCUACACACAGUGCUGAAGACAAGCCUCCUGUGGAAGGCGAUUCCAUAGCUUCCGUUGUCCAUACAAGUGAUGUCCGGUCGAGCGUGGAAGGGUCCGCUAGUUGCUCGCAGCCUGCUCUUGUCGCUUCGUCUGCCAUUGCUGAUGCUUCCUGUGCUACAGCUGCCAACUUACUUCCGAGCAGAGGGAGCCGAGGCCUGAAUAGCAGGAGGACUAGAAAGGGCAAGCGGCAGUGCGGAACGCCCGCCGCUCCUCCAGCUGAAAAAUCGAGGGGCGCGAGCAUCGUGAGCCGGAUAAACUCCAAGGUCGAACGGAUCGAAGCGUGGAGGUAGAAACCCCGGUGGCACUGCCUUUGUUGUUGUGUAAUAGAUGACUGACCCAGUGUUGUUUCCUUGCACAUUUUGAAUUUUCGACGCGCUUAUCAUUUCGUGUUUGGAUCAUCAUCAUGUUGUUUUGAGGCUCAUCCCCCCCCUGCCUUCACUAACUUAUAUGUAUCUUGCUUAUGAGUAAAUUUGUGGCCUUUUCUUCCUUUGUUGUA